UGGAAGAGCGACCUCCGGCAGCCGACAUGGGGACUCUUCUCGCCGAUUCUGCCUUCUGCCGCCUCUGUGCUUCCGAAUUCGAGGUCGGAUUUACCAUUUUUGAUGACAGCGAGGACAAAGCAUCGCUCGCCAUCUUGAUUAAUAAGUAUCUGCCCAUCAAGGUUGCUAACGAUGGCCACUUUCCAGUCCGGAUUUGCGAGCGGUGUCACAUGGGAGUGGCAGCGACUGUGGAUCUCAUUGACCGGAUGGUUGAAGGGCAACAAAGAUUGCGGGCAAUGCUGCAGUCUGCGACAGUCCCUGACGUACUUCAGGCUACUCUUAUUAAUAUCCAAGGGGAUUCAGUAGAUAUACCCAUGGAUGAUUUAGCUAAAGGGACUGAAGUUGCAAAAGUAUAUGCAGAGAACCAUCCCAUGAGCAUAGCUGUGGAUGGCCAGCCGGUUGUCAAAAAGAAAAGGGGACGACCACGGAAAGGAGAUAGACCCGUUAAGCAAAAGGUGAAGGAGGAGGAUUCUAGCCUUUUAGAUGAAGAGGAUGAUAAGAAAGGGAGACCGAGAAGGUCUAACAGGAGAGCAAACCUGCCCACAAGGUAUAGGGACUCGAUUGCUGGACGAGAUUUUGAGAAGCUAAUGAAUGAGUCGGGAGUGAAAGAGGAGAUAAUGGAUGUGCAAGAUGAUGCCAGUGAUGCUGACUACAAGCACCAGGGUCUGUCUGGACCAUCGAUGCUGGAAGUCAUGGAGAAGCAGGGAAGUUUAAGAAAUCCCAAAGAUGCUGCUCUUGGCAAGGUUUCAGAAGAUGGCACGAGCAUUGUCAUUGCCCCCGAGUCCUCUGAAGCCCCGUCUGAUCUUCCAGUGUCCGUAAACAUUGAGGUUGACUUCCAGGACGAUGGUAAUAUCACCUUAAGAGGAAUGGAAGACUUAGAUGAAAAGGAAAAACUUCCUCUUGCAUCUGUGAGCUCUGUUCAGAUUACCAGCAUGGGAGAGUCCAUCAAUAUGCCUUCCAAAGCUGCAUUUAGUGAGCCUACACUCUUCAAAAAGAAGCGAGGUGCCAAGAAGAAGGCAAAAUGGUCAUGCAACAUAUGUGGCAAAGGGUUUCUUCAUAAGGGAAGAUAUCUUCUCCAUACUCGCCUUCACAAGCAGGUGAUUCUGCAAUGUGAGAUGUGUAAAGAUAGAUUUUCUACUCGAGAAGAUAUCAACAUUCACCAACAAGAUACAGGACACACAGGAUUAGGAAUCAUAGAAUUGGAGAAAGAGGGUGAGCAGGUGGAGUUUAAAUGUCCUCAUUGUCCAAAUCGAACCUUUGUGACCUCAGAAGGAUAUAAUAAUCAUGUUGCAAGCAUGCAUGAAGGUCAGAAACCAUAUGCUUGUGCCACUUGUGGAAAACGGUUUGCUUACCAGCAUAGCCUUCGAAAUCAUUAUGCAUUACAUGAGCCUCCCAAAGAGGAACGAGAAUACCCUUGCCCUACGUGUGGGAAAGUAUUCACCCAUCCAAGCUCACUCAUCUAUCAUCGAGAUUCAACACACAAUAAUGGGCGCAUGUUUGUGUGCCACAUUUGCAAUGCUUCAUUCAAGCACAAGCAACUGCUUCAAAGACAUUACAGUGUUCAUUCUGAAGAGAGACCAUACCCGUGUGAAAUAUGUCACACAGCCUUUAAAACCAGAGGAAACUUGUACAACCAUAUGAAUACCCAUACUGGCCUUAAGAAAUUUACUUGUGAAAUAUGUGGAAAGCAGUUUAAUCACUUGACAUCUCUUACGCUUCAUGUUAGAUCUCAUACGGGUGAGAAGCCCUUUAAGUGUGACCACUGUGAUAAAAGGUUUACCCAGAAUGGCAACCUUCAGGAACAUAGAAGAAUUCAUACUGGAGAAAAGCCAUACUGUUGUGAAAGCUGUGGCAAGAAAUUCACAACUUCAUCUCAGUUCAAACUCCACAUGAGAAGGCAUACAGGAGAAAGACCAUUUGCUUGCACGUACUGCAACAAGGCUUUCUUGCAUCGAGAGGCAUGGCGCACGCAUGAAAGGAAGCAUAGUGGAGAGAAACCUUAUGUGUGCAAAACCUGUAAUAAAGGUUUUACAGAGCAAUAUACACUCAGAAAGCAUCAGCGCUUGCAUACAGGAGAAAAGCCCUACAUAUGCAAUGUCUGCGGAAAAGCCUUCAGCGAUGCCUCCAAUUUGCACAAACAUCGCAGGUGUCACAGAGAGGAUGAAGCUUGGCUACUACAAGAACCUGGAACUAUUGAAACAGUGGAGGGAGAUCAUCGUAUCAUUUAUAUUUUGUCCGACAAAGAUGAGCCUGAUGCUGCAACUCUUACAGCACUGCAGGCUGUGGACAGUGAAAUGGCCGAGAAUUCCCACCUGGAGAACAUGACAGAAGGAGCGGCACAGAUGAUCCAGCUGAACCCUGACAGUCAGACCCUGCAGGGCUUUGCACUCGCCACAUAUGACCAGCCUUCCACAGCAGCAGUCAUGCUCCAAGAGGGGGGAGGACAGGAGUCAGAUAGGAGAAUUCAGAUUUUUACAAAUGAUGAGGGUCAGUCAGUAAUUCCUGUCAUCAAUUCGUCAGGAGAAGCCAUUGGGGAAGUGGAAGGCCAUUUUUUGACAGGGUCGGAUGGAAACACAAAUGUGAGCAACCUGAGCAACAGCAGUACACUGGAGAUCACGCUGAAAGACGGACAGCCACUCAGCCUAGUAAUUCCAGAUGGGGAAGAUCCAACGCUCUAUGUACAACGCGCUCUGGAGUCAGCUGUCUUGUCCCAGCAGCAGUCUUCCACACAGCAGAAGCCACAGUCGAAGCAAACACAGCACCACCGUCCGCAUCACACUCAGCAGCAAGAGAGUCAUUCACAGUCUGAAUAAAAACAUUUUGUCAUCUACGAGGACUCUUGCUUGACAGUGAGAAUCAGAUUAAGAAGGAAAAAAGAUUAAUGCUGCUGUUCAACAUUUCAUUUAUGUAUAUAUGUUUGUAUGUUUAUAUAAACACAUUUUCCUGAGAAAAGUCUUGGUGGCUCAAGUUCACACAACAGAUCUAUGCAACACGUAUGGUAAUGUUAGCAUGAUGGAUUAACCCACUUGAGGGGUAAAGGCUUAACUGUGGAUUUUUGUACAUAUUUUUAUAUAUGUAGGUAAGAAAUAGCUGAUAUGACAAGAAAUAGGAGGAGAAAGAACAAAACUGUGGACUGUUGCAAAUAAAUUCAGCUCUCUCGUGUGUGUGUGUGUGUGUGUGUGUGUGUGUGUGUGUGUGUGUGUGUGUGUGUGUGUGUGUGUGUGUGUGUGUGUGUGUGUGUGUGUGUGUGUGUGUGUGUGUGUGUGUGUGUGUGUGUGUGUGUGUGUGUGUGUGUGUGUGUUUUGUUCAUUUGUGCAUGCAUGUGUAUUCUGGAAAAGAGAAACUGCUUUGUACAAAGCCUGCUUUAAAAUGGAUGAAAAUUUCUGGCAUGAAUUAAAUUAUAAUGUAAAGG